GUUUGUGUGAUGAUUGAUGAGUGAUUUUCAGGCUCUUUAAACACCCGGUUCCUCCUGCAAUCUCUCAUGUCGUUGGCUAAGCGCUAAGAAGAUUACGACUGACUCUUCGUCUCUGAACGGACACGACACAAACGGUAGGAAGAAACUCUAAUUACAUUGUGUUUUAUUGGUUUCUCAGUGUGUUUUAUCAGCAGAUUAAUGAAUGAUUAUACUGGAAUACUGGGAGACAGUGACGACAGCGAUGACGAUCCAAACUCAAAGAACCUGCUGGCGGCGUCCUGGGAGAAGUUAUCCGUCACGGACAGAAUGGGAUUAAAGAGCAGUGUGGAGAUGACGGAGGACGAGGUCGAGAGCGCGUUUACCCAGUUUGCACUGGGGUUUGGCUGUGACCAGUACACGCUAACGCAGCGGCUUCAAGCGGAGCGUCACGAGCGUGUCGUCGCGGAGGAGAAUCUGCAGAGAGAACUGCUACACACCCGAGAGAUGCUGCAGGUGUUGUACGAGCGUCUUCCAGAUGUGGACAGCAGAGAGAUGGUGGAACAGAUGAAGAACAGCCUGCAGAUGCUGGAGAGCAAUGUGGACACCGUAGUGAAAACAGCAGAGAUGCUCGGAGCCGCACACCAGGAAGCGCGUGUCAGUCACGCCGUGGAAAUGAUGUCGGUUCACGUGGAGCAUCUCAAGAGACGUCAUGCUUCAGAGAGCGAGGAGAUGCUGGAGGCCAGGAAGAUGCUGCACAGGAGGAAGCGUCGGUUACACAGCGACUCCACAGAUGACCGGGACCUGUUCAGAUAUUCAUCACAACAGCCAACACGCCGCAGGGUCAGCAUCACAUUACUCCCGACUCAAUCUGAGUUGAAGCAUCUAGAGGCUUCGUUUCUGGAGAACUGCGAAACCAGUGCGGAUGCAAACACAGAGCUUGAUACGCAAGCAGACCGGAGACAGGAAGUAAAUUCUCCUGUGAACAGUCUAAACCAAGAUGAUGAUGGCGACAGCGGCGUGUUUCAAAGUGUGACGCAAAUCAUGUGCCGUCGCCGUCGUUAUUCUCCAAUCAAGCCCAAAGAAAGUUCAUGUGAGGGGGAGGAGUCAGAACAAGGGGAGGAGUCAGAACGAGGGGAGGAGUCCAACCCUGAACUGCGUCUCGUGGCACGUCGGCGCCCCCUGGUGUCCUGGAGGUCUCCAUACAGAUGGAUUGUCAGAGUGUUCGGUCUGAUAAUGCUGAUGGCGACUCUUUUAUAUGUAUUCGUGAUCGCGGGUGACGUCACGCGCCUCGGCCCCGCCCCCCGCGCGCGCUCAUGAAGCUUUAACGAGCGCGUGCGAGUUCAGGUAGAUGCUCAACAACUGCGUCUCCUCAUCACAUCAUCAUCAUCAUCAUCAUCC